UUUCCUCCCAUUUCCGAGUUCCCUGGCUUGGAGGGAGGAGUGGCUUCCAGGUGGGCUGGGAAAAGUGAGUCUUAAUAGUUAAUUGUAAUUAUAGUCAUGGGGAAGAAACACAAGAAGCAUAAGGCGGAAUGGAGAUCAACAUCUGCCCCGAGUGUUACUGCUACUGGAACCGGCGCUACUGCUUACGAUGAUUAUAUGGACAAACCUUUGGAAAAGCCAUUGAAACUGGUGCUGAAAGUUGGAGGUAGUGAAGUGACUGAACUUUCAGGAUCAGGACAUGAUUCCAGUUAUUAUGAUGACCGAUCAGAUCAUGAGAGAGAACGACAUAAGGAAAAGAAAAAGAAAAAGAAAAAGAAAUCGGAGAAAGAGAAAGAAAAGCAUCUUGACGAUGAAGAAAGGCGGAAGAGAAAGGAAGAGAAGAAAAGAAAGAGAGAGAAAGAACAUUGUGAUACUGAGGGUGAAAUGGAUGACUUUGAUCCAGGAAAAAAAGUGGAAGUUGAUCCACCCUCUGAUCGUCCAGUCCGGGCCUGUAGAACUCAACCCACAGAAAAUGAGAGCACUCCUAUUCAGCAAUUAUUGGAACAUUUCCUUCGUCAGUUACAAAGGAAGGAUCCUCAUGGUUUUUUUGCUUUUCCAGUCACGGAUGCUAUUGCUCCUGGCUAUUCCAUGAUAAUAAAACAUCCUAUGGAUUUUGGUACCAUGAAAGAAAAAAUUGCAGCAAAUGAGUACAAAUCAGUAACAGAAUUCAAGGCAGAUUUUAAACUGAUGUGUGACAAUGCAAUGACUUACAACAGACCAGAUACUGUGUAUUACAAACUGGCUAAAAAGAUUCUCCAUGCUGGCUUUAAGAUGAUGAGCAAAGAACGGCUGUUAGCUUUGAAGCGCAGCAUGUCGUUUAUGCAGGACAUGGAUUUUUCUCAGCAGGCAGCUCUUUUGGGCGAUGAAGAUCCAGCUGUUGAAGAUCCAGUGCCCGAAGUUGUUCCUGUGCAUGUAGAGACUACCAAGAAAUCCAAAAAGCCAAGUAAAGAAGUUAUUAGCUGUAUAUUUGAACCAGAAGGAAAUGCAUGCAGUCUGACAGACAGCACAGCUGAAGAACACGUCCUGGCCUUGGUAGAACAUGCAGCAGAUGAAGCACGGGAUCGGAUCAACCAGUGUCUUCCAAACAGCAAGAUAGGUUACCUGAAAAAGAAUACUGAUGGAUCUUUGAUUUUCAGUGUACUCAAUCCAUCAGAUCCUGAAACAGAAGAGGAGGAAAGCCAUCCAGUGGAUCUGAGCUCUCUAUCUAGCAAAUUAUUACCGGGUUUUACAGCAUUAGGUUUUAAAGAUGAAAGAAGGCACAAAGUUACAUUUCUUUCAAGUGCUAAUACAGUGGUUUCAAUGCAAAACCACUCUAUCUUUCAUGAUCUGAAAAUGGAUGAAAUGGAGCUGCUAUAUUCAGCAUAUGGAGAUGAGACUGGGAUUCAGUGUGCUUUAAGUCUUCAAGAAUUUGUGAAAGAUUCUGGAAGCUAUAGUAAAAAAAUAGUAGAUGAUUUGCUCGAUCAGAUCACUGGUGGAGAUCAUUCCAAGUCUAUUUAUCAACUAAAACAGAGAAGAAACAUUCCAAUGAAGCCACCAGAUGAUCUCAAAGUUCCGUCAGUCCUCAUAAAAGAAGAACAUAAGUUAUGUAAUACUUGCCCAGAUGACUCCAAGCAAAAUAUGAUUGGAGAAUCCAUUGGAGAUAAUAAUAGUUCUGUUUUGGACUUUUUAUCUAUGAAAACUUAUUCAGAUAUGUCACUUGAUAUAUCCAUGUUGAGUUCAUUAGGUAAAGUAAAGAAAGAAGUUGAUCAUGAUGACAAUCAUUUACACUUGGAUGAAACAACUAAAUUAUUACAGGACCUUCAUGAGGUACAGACUGACAGAAUAGGAUCCAGGCCUUCCUCCAACCUUAGUUCCCUCUCUAAUGCUUCUGAAAGGGAACAGCAUCACCUAGGAAGUCCAUCUCACCUAAGUAUAGGAGAACAGCAAGAUAUGGUCCAUGACCCCUAUGAAUUUCUUCAAUCUCCAGAAUCUACAAAUGCCAAUAAUUAAUCUCAGAUAUACCGUACAUAUUAACUGUCUAACAGUUAAUAGAAUCCCAUGAAACAGUAUGCAUUUCAACCCCAAUCUUCAGAUAAGAAUUAAUGUUUAGUAACAUGUAUACAUUUUACUUGGAUAAAAAAGUCCUGGUAUUUGUACCAUCAGAAACUAUAUUUUAGCAAUAUGUGCAACGGACCUGAAGGAGUUACAAAUUAUGUACUUUGAAAAAAGACUUGUUUAAUUUUAUAAAAAAUGGCUAACCAGCUGUUUAUCAUGCUUUUGAUUGUUACACAUACUUGGUGUACAGGUGUAGCAAUAUAGAAAAUUUAUUAGGAUGAAUUUAUUUCAUUUGUAAUAUAAGUUUUAGAAAUAGGAUAGUUUUUGUAUUUUCUCUCCUAUCAGUUUUUCAUUGUCAAGAUGGUUUAAUGAAAAGAAAGUUAUUGACUCUUCAUUGGGAAUGAAAAACAAAAUUCUCUUUAGAACUUUUUAAAAUUAAGUGUUUGAAAUUUGAUAUUGAAUGAUUUUUAAACAUUAUGCGGAAACCAGAAUAAUACAUUCAUUAACAAUAUUCCAAAUAUUAAUAAAUGUGUACUUGUGUUCCAAAGUUUCCAGUUGAUAAUUUGUCAGCUAGUUCAUAAUUUGUUAUCUUGAAUUAAUUAUGAUGCACUAUAUAUGCAUCAGUUUAAGAUUCUAGUUUUAAGAUUCCUAUAGCAGGGGUCUCAAACAUUGAUGCAAGAGCUGCAUGCAGGCUGCUGAAUUCUUUUGUAUAGCCUAGAUUAACUCACCAUGAAGCAUUGCUUGCUUCUCUGCUCUUUUUUUGUCCCAGAAGGCCCCAGCUUUCUACCAUUGUCCUGCUUUGCAGGAUUUCUUUCUGCAGGUUGAGGCAGUAUUUUUGUAAGACUAAAUCUCAUGUGCAGCUAUGAUGGCACUGGUGAUGAUUCUAGAUAUUGGUUAGGGUAACCACAUGGAGACCCAGAGAAUGCAUGUCAAUGCAAUGUGUUUGAACACAGAACAACAUAGUGGCUGAGGUAUGCAACAAUAUGCAAGUUAAAUGGGGAAGAUCAAAAUGCAUCUGCUUCAUUUUCUCUUGCUGCAAGAACUCAUGACUAAACAAUCUUUUACUGCUUUACAAUAAGCAGCAAAUUUCUGCUUCUGUAAAGAUGCAUAAUAUUUUAAUUUAAUUUUAAUAAUUACUAAUAUAUUUCAUUUGUUAUUUAAUAAUGCAUUUUAAUAUUUGUUGUCUUUUUUCCUUUUUAAAUAUGUGGCCUAAACUCAGUGCAUUUUAUGUAAGAUACUCCUCAUAUUCAUUUUGUCUGAGAUCCUUCCCUCAGAAUAUAGAUAAUGUUUUCUUACUGACAUUAAUUAGGACAGAGAUUCUGUUUGCUAAUCAAUACUGGCAUAAACACAAUAUCACGUAACUGCUAAGUUAUGAUAGCAGUUCCAGCAAUACCAUUUGCCCUUGUUAAGCAAAUUCAAAUACAAUCAUCACUGCAUUUCCUGUCAAAUCAUUGCUAUUUCCAAUUUUCUUCCGGUUUCCUCAUUGACUCUUUGUUCAAUCAAUCAGAAUAGAGCUGGAAGGGACCUUGGAGGUCUUCAUGUCCAACUCUCUGCUCAAACCGGAGACCCUAUACCAUUUCACACAGGUGAUUGUCCAGUCUUUUCUUAAAACCUCCAGUGAUGAAGCAUCUACAAAUUCUGACGGCAAUAUUCCAUUGGUUAAUUAUCCUCACUGUUUCUCUUUAAUUCCAAGUUGCUUCUCUUGUUGUUUCUUUUCUUGCCUUCUGUGCUUUGGAAAAUAAGGUGAAAAUAAGUAGCAGCCCUUCAAAUACUGGAAUACUGCUAUCAUGUCCCCCCUAGUCCUUCUUUUCUCUAGACUAGCAUACUCAAUCCUGUAAUCAUUCUUCAUAAUUUUUGUCUUAAUCAUCUUAGUUGCUCUUCUUUGCACUUUUUCUGAAGUCUCAACAUCUUUUUUAUAAUGUGUUGACCAAAACUGGAUGCAGUAUUCCAGGUGUGGUCUUACUAACGAUUUAUAAAGUUGUACUAAUACUUCAUGUGAUUUUGAUUCUAUGCCUCUGUUUAUACAACCAAGGAUUGUAUUAGUUUUCUUGGCUCCUAUGCACACUGAUGACUGAUGUCCAAGUGAUUGUUCACUAGGACUCCAAGGUCCCUCUCACAGUUACUGUUUUGAGCCAGGUUUCGCCUAAUCUGUACUUGUAUCUUUGGUUUUUCCUGCCUAGGUGUUGGAACCUGGCAUUGAAGGUUGCCAAUAGUAAUUGUGACUAUUGAGAUGCUGUGAUGUGUAAUUGCAUUCUGAUUGCUAAGCAUCAGAAUUAAAAUCUUAUGGCCUCAGGGACCAAUCAUAAGUACCCCUUACAUAUUUAGUACUGUCAUAACUUUAGACAAUCACUGAUUGAGUGGGUGUUAAAUAAGGAGUACUUGUAUGAAGUUUUCACUCAUGCUGUAAAUAUUUAGGACAGAUGUGUUUACUUAUUAACAGUGUUGGGAUUGGACACCCUGUAAAUUAAUUGAAUUCAUCGCAGGCUUUGUUGGAGUAUCAGGGUUCCAUGUUGGACAAGAGAUCAUUGGGAGGGAAUUGAGUUGCUGAAUGUUUAAGAGGUGAGAGAGAUUGGAAUAAGGGAGCAGGCCUGACCAUUCCAAUGGUGAUGUGCAGAGACAGAUAUGGUAAGCCUCCUGGAGUCAUCUAAAGUAAGUUGGACAGCCAUAUAAAUUGUCUUUAAAAAAUAAAUAAAUUUAAGGGAAGUUCCCCUCUCCAGCACAUGGCUUCCAUCCUCAAUGCUAGCAGUUGGAUCCUUAAUGAUUUUCUAUUUCUGCUGUUGUCUUUUAGUGCCAGAUUGGUGUGUGACAAUAUUGCCCUCAUCCAUGAUCUAAUGAGGGCAGCAUGCUAACCUAGAAUACCUUACUGUAUUUCUUUGGGCCCAGAGGAGUCUCCUCUUGGAAAUGUGCCUUUCAGGUUUGGAGUUCUGAACCAGCUGAGUCUGUGCAAGGGAGAAAGGGAAGUCAUUUUAAUCUUUGAGUCACUACAGGCUUUCAGAGACUCAGCUUCGAAAAUAAUUAAAUGUGAAUAGUAUCAUGGAAGCUGGGAUUAAGAAAACAAUUGGGAUUGCUGCUGGCGUACUGCCAUCCCUACUGCUUGGUAGCAUCCUGUAUGAGUUGCUAUAUUCUGUUGCCAAGUUGGCAAUAGAUAAAAUAAUAAUACUGCUCUUAUUAACUUACUGAUACUGUUGACAGUACUCUUCUAAGACAGCUCUGUGGGCUGGGAUUUGGACACCUUUUUACAUAUAAUAUUCUCCCAUACCUUUUUACACACAUCUAUACUUGACACACAAGCAUGCAAGCUUGCUUUUAUGUCAUGGGAUAUUUUAUGAUUACCACUGGUUCCACAUAGACUGACUAUAAAAAUUUCAUGUCAAACUCAGAAGUUUUGAUUCCCCAGUUCUUUAACUCUCAGCACAAAGAUUUGCUUACAUAAUUAGCUAAUGGAGGCUACAUGGCAGUGAAGAGCUAGAAAUCAUAUAUAUCAAGAGCUACACCCUGAGGAACACAGAAAUCAUCUUAGGCUUUCCCAUCUUUUCAAAUCAAUAAUUGGCUUAACUGAUAAAAGACUUAUAGGUAUGGCUCAACUAGAUUAGAAUCUUUAUUUGCAAGGAAGAAUAAAGCAUAAUGUUUAUAGAGAUUCUCAGUCAUCCAGGUCAUGGUUGUUUCAAAUGUGUUUUUUCAAGAGGCAACUGGGCUUCCUUGUUUUUCUUUGAAGAUGUUUCGCUUCUCACCCAAGAAGCUUCUUGUAUGAAAAGACAAAACUGAGCAAUGUGAUAUAUGCAGUACAGUGUAGUGAGAUAUGUGCAGUUCUGUAUAUUGGGAAAACAAAACAACCACUUCAUAAACACAUGGCCCAAUAGAGGAGAACAAACUCAUCACAGCAAGGUUCAGCAACCCAUCUGAACACUACUCAGCUUUCCAGACUCUUGGGUUGCUGGGAUAGGUUGCUGGUUCCCCGCCACUCAGUUGAAUUCCUGAUUUGUCAUACUGUGUCACUUGUUUGCUGCUCCUCAGUUGGGUUCCUCUGCUGCUGGGCUGGGUCGCUGGUUCACCAACCCUCAGCUAGGCUCCUGGGCUACCGAGCUGCUUUGCUGAUACAUUGCUGCUUUUCUCUACCUCUCAGUUGGGCUCCUAAGCUGCUGGGCUGGGUCAUUUGUUUGCUGUGAUCCAGCUGGGCUCUUGGGCUGCCUAGCUGAGUUGCUGGUUCACCAUCUCUCAGCUGGCCUCCUGCUGCCUUGAAUCUCCGGUCUCCUGGACUGCUAGGCUGGGUUGAUGGUUUACCAGGCAGCCUCUCACUUUGACUGCCUCUGACUGCUUUGAAUCUCCAAGACUCCAGCUGCCUCAAUUUUUCUGGGCUGCUGAGCAGGGACAAUGGGUCACUUGAUAGCCUCUCAGGUGGGCCGCCACAAGCUUCUUCUCAGUGUGCAACCAGUCACUCAAUUUGCCAUUGUUUUGCUAGUAUUUUCCUCCUCCCAAACUUUUCUUCUUCUUUUCCCUUCUCCCAUCUAUCCUUUUUAUCUUCCUGCUCCCUUUUUUCAUAUAGAAUUACAGAGAUGGAAGGAAUCUAGGAGGUCUUCAAGUCCAACCCCUGCUUAGGCAAGAAACUCUAUACCAUUUCAGACAAAUGGUUGUGCAAUCUCUUCUUUAAAACUUCCAGUGUUGGAGCAUUCACAACUUUUGGACGCAAGCUGUUCCACUGAUUAAUUGUUCUAAUUGUCAGGAAAUUUCUCCUUAGUUCUAAGUUGCUUCUCUCCUUGACUAGUUUCCAUCCAUUGCUUCUUGUCCUGCCCUCAGGUGCUUUGCAAAAUUACUGUCUCUUCUUUGUGGCAACCCCUGAGAUAUUGGAACCCUGAGAUAUUGGAACACUGCUAUCUUGUCAUCCCUAGUCCUUCUUUUCAUUAAACUAAACAUACCCAAUUCAAGCAACCAUUCUUUAUAUGUUUUAGCCUUUAGUCCCCUAAUUAUCUUUGUUGCUCUUGUCUGCACUCUUUCUAGAGUCUUUUUUUACAUUUUUACAUUUUUUUUUUACAUUGUGGCAACCAAAACUGGAUGCAGUAUUCCAAGUGUGGCCUUACCAGAGCAUUAUAAAGUGGUAUUAACACUUCACCUGAUCUUGAUUCUAUCCCUCUGUUAAUGCAGCCUAGAACUGUGUUGGCUUUUUUGGCAGCUCUAGCAUACUGCUGGCUCAUAUUUAAAUGAUUGCCCACUAGGGCUGCAAGAUUCCUUUCACAGUUAGUACUAUUGAGUGAGGUACCACUUACACUGUACCUGUGCAUUUUGUUUUUCUUUCCUAAAUGUAGAACCUUACUUUUUUCAUCAUUGAAUUUCGUUUUGUUAGAUAGCACCCAAUGUUCAAGUUUGUCAAGAACCUUCUGUAUCUUAAGCUUAUCUUCUGGAGUGUUGGCUAUUCCUGCCAGGUUGGUGUUGUCUGCAAAUUUGAUGAGUUCCCCAUCUAUCCCCUUAUCAAAUCAUUAAUGAAGAUAUUGAAGAGUACUGGGUCUAAAAUAACGGCUUGGCGUUCCCAACUGCAUACUUCUCUCCAUGUAGAUGCAGUUCCAUUGAGGACUACACACUGAGUACAGAUGGCCAGCCAGUUAUGAAUCCAUCUGGUGUGACGCUGUCUAACCCACAUUUUUCUAUCUUAUAAAGUAGUAGGUUAUGCUCUACUUUAUCAAAUGCCUUACUGAAGUCCACGUAAAUUAUAAACACAGCAUUCCUCUAGUCCAAUAAUUUUGUCACUUUCUCAAAGAAUGCAGUAAGAUUUAUCUGGCAUGAUCUGUUUUGACAAACCCAUAUUGGCUUUUGGUUAUUAUUUUGUUUGUCUCUAGGUGUUCGCUAAUCCGUUGUUUGAUUAUUUUUUUCCAGAAUCUUCCCAGGUAUUGUGGUCAGGCUGAUAGAUUUGUAAUUUCCUGGAUCUAUUUUUUUUUCCUCUUUGGAAGAUAGGAACUACAUCAGCUGUUUUCCAGCCCUCUGGCAGCUUCCCAUCUACCGUCUCUCUAUCUUCCUGCUUUCUUUUCUCCUCUUUCCUCAUACCUUUCCUUCUUAGUUUAAUAACUUUUUCUCCCUGUGGUUCAAUACUACCUUCUCCAUUGCCUUCAUCUCAGAACAAAUCUUCAAAAACAUUGUAGGACCUUUGAGGGAAGAGUGAAUAUGUCAUAUUAGAAUUCACCAUAAUGCAGGGAAAGAUAACUGAACAAAGUCAGAUUAGUCUUUUAAACUUUUAAGAGAGCCAGCUUCAAUAAACUAAGAUAAAAAGGGUUCCAUGGAUGAAAAAUGUAAGAAGGAAAAACAGUGCAGGAUGCUUGGGAUGCUCUGAAAAACAAGAUAAUAAGGAGCCACACAAUAACAAUACCACAGAGAAAGAAAAAUAAAAGAUUCCAGAUGAGACCAUCCUGGUUACAACAACAAUGCUCCAAUGCCAUUUAUCUCAAAUGAUAUAGGGUCUUCUGCUCGAGCAGGGGCUUGGAUUAGAAGACCCCCAAAGUGCCUUCCAAUUCUGUUAUUCUGUUGCAUAGAGUUCUCUGACAAAAGGAGGGACAAAAAGGACAAGCAUAAAAGUGGAACAAGGGGCAUAUAACUAGAGCAGGCUACCAGAAAAAAGCCCAAAUGUGCAAAAACCAAGUCAAAAUGGCUAAAACUCAAAAUGAAUUAAGACUUCCAACAAAUGCCAAAAUAACAACAACAACAACAACAUAUUCCUUUCAAUAAGUAAGGAACAAGAAAAAUGUCAAGGAAAAGAUCAAUCUACUAUUGGGAAAUGAUAGCAAGAAGGUGACAGGCAGCAGGGAGAAAGCCAAACAGCUUAACUCCUUCUUUGCAUUUGUCUUCAUCCAAAAAUGAAAGAAAAUAGCCCUACCUAUCAAAAGCAGCAGGAUUGGAAAAGGUCAGUUUACAUUCCAAUUCCAAAGAAAGGCAAUGCCAAAGAAUGUUCAAACUAUCGCACCAUUGCACUCAUUUCACAUGCUAGUAAAGUUAUGCUUAAAAUCCUACAAGCUAGGCUCCAGCAGUAUGUGGAUCGAGAACUACCAGAAGUACAUGCAGGAUUUUGAAGAGGCAGAGGAACUAGAGAUCAAAUUGCCAACAUAUGCUGAAUUAUGGAGAAAGCUAGGGAGUUCCAGAAAAAUAUCUACUUCUGCUUCAUUGACUAUGCUAAAGCCUUUGAUUGUGUGGAUCACAACAAAUUGUGGCAAGUUCAAAAAGAAAUGAGAGUACCAUACCAUCUUAUUUGUCUCUUGAGAAACCUAUAUGCGGGUCAAGAAGCAACAGUGAGAACUGGACACGGAACCACUGAUUGGUUCAAAAUUGGGAAAGGAGUACCACAAGUCUGUAUACUGUUGCCCUGCCUAUUUAACUUAUAUGCAGAGCACAUCAUGAGAAAGGCGGAGCUAGAUGAAUCAAAAGUUGAAUUAAGAUUGCCGGGAGAAAUAACAACCUCAGAUAUGCAGAUGAUACUACUCUAAUGGCAGAAAGUGAAGAGGAAUUAAAGAGCCUCUUGAUGCCGGUGAAGAAGGAGAGUGCAAAAGUUGGCUUGAAACUCAACAUUAAGAGAACUAAGAUCAUGGCAUCCGGACCUCUCAAUUUCUGGCAAAUAGAUGGGGAAGAAAUGGAGGUAGUGACAGAUUUUAUUUUCCUGGGCUCCAAGACCACCACAGAUGGGGAGUGCAGCCAAAAAUUAAAAGACGCUUGCUCCUGGGGAGGAAAGCUAUGGCAGAUAUAGAUAGCUUACUAAAAAAACAGAGACAUCACCCUGCAAACAAAAGUGCAUAUAGUCAAGGCUAUGGUUUUCCCAGUUGCAAUGUAUGGCUGUGAAAGUUGAACCAUAAGAAAGGCUGAGUGCCAAACAAUUGAGGCCUUUGAACUAUGGUGCUGGAAAAGACUCCUGCGAGUCCCUUGGACUGCAAGGUGAUCAAACCGGUCAGUCCUAGAGGAGAUCAACCCUGACUGCUCUUUAGAAGGCCAGAUCCUGAAGAUGAAACUCAAAUACUUUGGCUGCCUAAUGAGAAGGAAGGACUCACUGGAGAAGAGCCUAAUGGUGGGAAAGAUUGAGGGCAAAAGAACAGGGGACGACAGAGAACGAGUUGGUUGGAUGAGUCACUGAAGCAGUCGGUGUGAGCUUAAAUGGACUCCAAAGGAUGGUAGAGGACAGGAAGGCCUGGAGGAACAUUGUCCAUGGGGUCACGAUGGGUCGGACAUGACUUCGCAACUAACAACAUCAAAUCAAAAGCAGCACAAUAAGAGACAGAAUAGGAAUGCAGGUAAAAAUAGGCAAGGAAUUAAUAAGGGAACAUCUAUGUAUUUUGAAGAAAUACAAAAUUUCUCCAAAAAUAUUUGUAUUUCCUGGAGAAGUCCAGGAAAAUGAUUUACCUCCCAGGGAAUUGAAGGAGUUGGCAGAUAGGAUCUCGGAACUACUUAAUGAAAUCUUUCAGCUCCUGAAGCGCUGGGGAAUUGUCAGAGGACUGGAAAAGAGCUGAUGUAGUUCCAAUCUUCUAAAAGGGUAAAAAAAGUGGAUGUAGGAAAUUAUCCCCUUGACAUCAAUACCUGAGAAAAUCCUGGAAAAGUUAAUCAAGCAGUGGAUUUGUAAACAUCUAGAAAUGAACAAGGUGAUUACUGGAAGCAGCAUGGAUUUGUUAAAAAUAGGUCAUGCCAGAAAAUUGCUUUCUUUGAUAAAGUGACUAAUAGGUCAGUGAAAUGCUGUAGAUAUAGUAUAAUAGGACAUAGUACCAACAGCAAAUGGAUUCGCUAUUGGCUGAUCAACUGCUCUCGGCAUGUAUCCUUAGAUCUAUAUCUAUGUGGAGGGAAGCGUGCAGUGGGCUGCCUCCAGAAACUUUCUUGGGCCUAGUGCUUUUUAGCAUUUUCAUAAAUCACUUCCGGUAAAAAGAUAGCACACGCCCAGAAAAGGACCCCUGAAGGACUUUUCCCCUGGACUGUAGAUUUUCAACACACCAACAGAUAAACUUCCUUUAGUUUAUAUGAUACACCUAAGUUAGGGAAAGAAUUAUCCCAUAAGAUCCUCCAAUACAGCAAAGGUCUGUAAGUAGCUUCAGGAGUCAGAAUGGGACAAUUCUUUUUGACCACAUGACCUACCCAUUUCACCCCAUAUUUUCCAUUAUGGCUGACUCACCACAGCCCCUUCCCUCACCAUCCAAAUACUGCAGGUGAACGUGACAUCACAGCACUCCUAGCACCCCUACACCACCGCCGUUUUCCAGCACUGCUCCUGCCAAUGUCCCCUGUGCCUCUCCCCAUCAGGCAUGUGCCAAAAUUGCGCUAGAAGCACCAGAGGUGUAUUAAAUUAUCAGUGGGGGAAACUGGCCAUGAAGACUUAGGUUGCAAUGCAUUGGCCACGAUUAGGCAGCCUCGGAGAAAUAGCAGAGAAGUUGUGGCAGUGGUAUAUCAUAGGUGGAGGUUGAUCUGUGGACAAAGGGCUAUGGUGGAUCAGCUGUGCUGGAAAAUCUGGGAUGAAAUAGUCAAGGGUCAUGUAACCAUGAAGAAUUGUCCCAGACCCUUCUGGAGCUGUGCUUCGAAGCAGUAGUUGUGCAGAUGGCUGGGGGGGCGGGGCUGCAAUCAGUUCAUUGUUGAAGAAGCAGCCAUUUUGGAAUUUAUUUUUUAAAUGGACAAUAAGUUGUGCCUUUCAUUUCUUAAUCAUUUUUAAGGCAUAUUAAUCUUUAUUAAGCUAAAAACCUGUUUUUUAGUCACAGCCUGUUAUUUCUUUUUGAAGAUCUGUGCCAUUUUUGGGGUUUCUUCAUUGUUAAACAAGGAAGAAGGCUGCUGAAUGAGGAAGUGUGGAAUAUCUUUUUUAAAAAAAGUUCAAUGGAGAAAUAUAAAACAGAAAGUUGUGGCUCUAGGUUAUUGCUUUUGUACCUUGAUCUGCUUUGCUGUGGGUGGCUAAAACUUUCUGAUUUUUAUUAAUCCUGAUUGGCCAGCAAUUCUUUAGUGAUCUACAAAAAAGCUACUCUUUGACUAAAGAGGAAGUUAAGAAGAUUGAGGAGCAAAUUAUUAGAGAUGUAUUUUAAAAAUCUUUAAAUAAAAUCCAUCAGUUCAUAAAUUAGCUAUGCUUCAAGGAUGUUAAAAAAAUCUUCUCAAACUACUUCAAAGAUGCAGAUAUUGGUAAAAAGUUACAAAAUCACCGAGCAAUUUCAUAAGUACCUGACAAAGCAGAGGAGUGGAUUGCAGUUUUAGAAUAUAAACCUGACACCAAUUUUUAUUAUUAUGGUUUAAAUAUACCUUAAACCUCCCAACACAAUUGAAAGAAGAGUCCAAGAAAAUCUGCAAUUUUAGAAGAACAAUUUUGGGACUUUUUUCCUCAAGGAUAUUAUCAAAGUAGAGAAAUCCUUGAGAAAAAGAGAAGCUUAUAACUGCUUGACAAACAUUCCAGAGAAAAAAAAGAUUUUAUUCCAUGAAGACAAGCUGGAAAGAGUGACUUAAAGAGUCAAUUGGAAUUAGGAUGGAUUUUUAUCGGUCUGAUAUUUGUAAUUGAAAGAAAAUCUUAAUCUAAAGUUUGAAAAUGUAUUUUUGCUUCAUAUAUAAUGCUUAACUAAUUCCUAAAGUUGUAAAAUAUUAUUGAAAGUGUAUUUGAAAGUAUGUUGAGAAAAAGUUAAAGAAAAAGAUGUAUCAUCUUAAAGAAAAAUUUAGAGUUUUAAAAAGGAUGUAUACAAGAAGAAAAAAUAUUCUAUGAGGGUAACUUGGAGAGAGUGAUAUAAAUGUAAUGAGUUAAUUGGAGUUAGUUGGAAUUUUAUUGAAAGUGAACUUUAAAGUAUGUAUGUUAAGAAGAAGCUAAAAAUGUAUUAGAAUGUUUUGAUUUUAGAAAUGUUUUGGUGCUUUAAAAUGGAUGAAAAAAGUAUUUUUUUUCCUUUAAAGUUAAAGAAUUUGAAAGAAUACAAUGAAUUCUGUUAAUAUAAAUGGUGAUAGUUUAUAAAAAUUAUUAAAUGCAAAUAGAAAUACAUACUAUUUCCACAGCAAGGAAGAUAAACCAGAAAUGAUUAAAUUGAUUGUUUAUUCAAAGAAAAUAUAUUUAAUUAUGUUUUUUUUUAUUUGAAUGUCACUUCUGGAUUUUGUGCUUGUGAUGAAAAAAAAUGAAACUUUGACUUUGGUUUUGCUGAUUAGAUAGAUUUGUUGUUACAGAAAUAGCUAGCUAUAUAUACUAAUGUGUAAAUGUAAAAAAUUGAGAUUGUAAUGUUAUCUUGUACUGUGUUAAAAAGAGUUGGAAGUCAACGCUUUUUUCUUUCUGCUGUUGUACCUCAUAUUUUUUUCCCCUCUCUUCCCUUAAUUUCCUAUUUUUUAGUUUUCUUUGUAUUUUAUACAUUGAUAAAACAAUAAAAGUCAUGAGAUAAAAACA